UUAAGUGUUAAAAAAGAAAUAUUUUAUGAAAAUAAAGAGAUCAGGAAUAAUUAAUAAGGGGUUAAUAAUGGAGUUAUCGGAACCUUUAAUAAAUAAAGAAAGAAUGGAAAUGUCUUCAGAGUCUUCUCGUAUUGUUAGUGAUAUUAUUCUUGGUCUUUCGGAUGGAUUGACAGUUCCAUUUUCAUUAGCAGCUGGUCUUUCGUCUUUUUAUAAUAGUAAAAUUGUUCUCACAGCAGGAAUGGCAGAAUUGAUAUCGGGUGCAGUUUCAAUGGGAUUAGGUGGAUAUUUAGCUGUAAAAUCUGAAGUAGAACAUUUUGAACAUAUUCGAAGAACACAAAUGGAUCUUUUGAUACACACGCCGGAGAAUAGAUCACAGCAAAUUCUUGAUCAAUUAGAAUCUUAUGGAAUUGUUGAUGAAGUUUGCAAGCCCUUAAUCUUUUGCUUGAAGCAAAAUCCUAUUAAUUUCGUAAACUUCGUUAUGCGUUUUGAUUUAUGUUUGCAAAAACCAUCGCUUAGAACAGCGUGGUUUAGUGCUAUCACUAUUGCUAUGUCAUAUUUCCUUGGAGGAUUAAUUCCUCUCGUUCCCUAUAUUAUUUUUUAUAAGGAUACCUUUCUUGGUUUUAAAAUAAGCGUUAUUCUUGUCGCCAUUGUUUUAUUUAUUUUUGGUUAUUUAAAAUCAAUUUAUCUUAUUGGAUCUAUAAAGAAAUCAAUUUAUUCUGCUUUUCAAACCUUAUUAGUCGGUAUUAUUGCGGCUAUUUCUGCUUUUACAAUUGUAUAUCUUUUGGGAACACAUUAA